AACUAACACACUAUCACCAAACAAUUCUUUUGUUAGUGUCUUUAGCGACUGUCCUUCCCCUUAAAGAAACAGGAAAGCUAUUUGGCAAUCAUGGUAAAGGUAAAGAGCUCCAGCUAAAGUUGGGGGCUAGGGUUUCCUUACCUUAUUAAAUGCAACUCUGUCAUCCCUCCUUUCCUAUUCAAAUUUUAAACCAAAACCACUUCAAAUUUGACCCUCUAUAAGUGUGAAGUCCUUGUUGAUCAAUAUUUUUGAGAAUUUUAAAGUAACGGAGAGAUAGAGAGAGAGAAGAAGAAGAAGAAGAAGAAGAAGAAGAAGAAGAAGCCAGUAGGAAUGGUGUAAGAAAUAGAAAUCAAAGAGAAAAUCCCCAAAAAAUGAGCACAGCCAGGUUUAUCAAAUGUGUUACUGUAGGUGAUGGUGCUGUUGGGAAGACAUGUAUGCUCAUCUCUUACACAAGCAACACCUUCCCUACUGAUUAUGUCCCUACAGUGUUUGAUAAUUUCAGUGCUAAUGUGGUGGUUGAUGGUAGCACAGUCAAUCUUGGAUUAUGGGAUACUGCAGGACAGGAAGAUUAUAACAGACUAAGGCCUCUGAGUUACAGGGGUGCAGAUGUGUUCCUUUUGGCUUUCUCCCUAAUAAGUAAAGCUAGCUAUGAGAACAUUUCCAAGAAGUGGAUUCCUGAGCUAAGGCAUUAUGCCCCAACUGUACCAGUUGUUCUAGUGGGUACUAAACUAGAUUUGCGAGACGACAAGCAGUAUUUGAUUGAUCAUCCUGGUGCAACACCAAUCACAACUUCUCAGGCAAAAUGGAGAGGAACUAAAGAAGAUGAUUGGUGCUGCUGUUUACAUUGAGUGCAGCUCAAAGACUCAACAGAAUGUGAAGGCAGUUUUUGACGCAGCAAUCAAAGUUGUCUUGCAGCCUCCUAAACCCAAGAAGAGAAAAAGGAAGCCAAGGCCUUGUUUGUUUUUGUAAAUCAAAUUUUCAUCCAUUUGCAUGUCUCAUGUCUCUUUGCUCUGCCCUUUGUUGUUUUCUUCUUCAUUGCAUCUCUUGCUAAACAUUUUUGCUUUCUUGUAAUGUAAUAUGUUAUAAUUGGGUCACAUGUGAUCUUGUAAUCAAAUACCAUGUCUGAGAUAUAUUAUAAACUUCUCUUGGUGUCCGUA